UCUAUAUACAUCUUGUGUCCGGUCUAUGAUUGGUUUGAUUUUGUGAUAGAUUUUUAUAUUUUUAAACUUGUUCCUCUCUCAUUCAUUUCUGCAAUACGAUCACAAAAAUCAAACACAUAACACACAUGAAUCGACAAGAUUUUAAAAGCAACAUUGAUGGGAUCCAUUCGUAUUCAUCAUGUUCGAUAUGUGAUCAGUUUCUAUAUUCCUAUACUUAUUCGUUUGUCAAUUGUUGUUCUCCUAUUGAUGAACAUAGGAAGGCAAGCAAGCUUAUGAGUCCUUGAACUCACGGAGCCAGAAAAAAGGAGGAUUCAAGGCUUGCAUAUUUGUUUAUGCAUUGUCGACCUUGGAUAGUAUUGGGUCCAUUGCAAACAUGUCGGUUUUUGUUCUCUACUUCAAUAACGUGAUGCGAUUCGAUGUCUCAAUCCGCAAAUACUUUCACAAACUAUAUGGGUUCAACUUUUCUACUCUCUGUCGUUGGAGGUUUCAUCUCAGACACUUACCUGAGUAGGCUCACCACAUGUUUGAGCUUUGGACUACUUCAAAUAUUGGCAAGUUAAAUUUCACUCUCAAUCUAAAUGCAAGCUCAUGUAUUGGACCACUUUUUUCUUUUAAUUCUUAGACACAAGCUCUUCUAAUGAUUAAACUCUUGCUUCUUUUAAUAAUCAACACUCUGUGUUCUUCUCCCCGUUUGGUUCUAUGAUGCAGGGAUGCAUAUAGAAUGAAUGAAAUACACAAGGAGAACAAGAGCAAUACAGAAAAUAAAACUUUCUCUGGAUUUUGUUACUCAAUUUAUGAAUGCUUAGUUGCUUUACAAUCCAAUUAUAGUUAACGUUGUUUGGUAACUAAGCCACAAUUCACACUCCAAAGCAUACAAAAAUUACAUAGAGUCAGAAAAGAUUCAAAAUAGCAUAUUUGAGUUAAGUAUAAAUUUUGAAUCUAGAAUAAAAAAAAGAGACAUUGCAAAAAAAUAGUGAUUCAAAAAAUAUUUUUCUAAUUAAGUAUUCAAAUCUUUUCAAAAAUAGUAAAUUUUCUAAUUUGGUGGCCUAAAUGAUGAAAUUUACCCAAAAUUCAGUGCAUAUCAAAGUAAAUUUGUUGGGCCAUUUCAAAUAGAAUGAGUAUUUUGGGCCUGAUCUAACAGCCUUAGAAAAUCGUCAAAAUUAUUGUUUUACCAUCAAAUGGUCAAACUACUACAUGAAUUUGUUGUUAAUCACCAUUGCAUUGUCCUAGCUCAAUUCAUUCAUGUAUCACUUCCAGGCAGUGACAAUGAUCACAAUCCAAGCCUUCUCAAAAAAAUUGCAUCCUGAUGCUUGUGGCAAGGCAACUUGUGUAUCAGGUGGUGAAGCACUUAUGUUUUACGGCUCCCUCUAUCUGUUAGCUCUAGCAGCAGGUGGAGUUAGGGGGUCCCUUACACCACUUGGAGGUGACCAAUUCGACCCAAAGGAUAAAAAAGGAGCUAAGGGUCUUGCAACUUACUUCAAUUGGUAUGUACUAAGUACAACCCUGGGAGCAAUUGUGGGAGUAACUGUUGUUGUGUGGGUUAGCAUGAACAAAGGUUGGUCUUGGGGUUUUCUAAUUGGUACUAUUACUUCCUCUCUUGGUUUUAUUGCUCUUGCCCUUGGAAAGCCUUUCUACAUUAUCCGACCUCUAGGGACAAGCCCUAUUACAAGGGUAGCACAGGUUAUUGUGGUUGCAAUCAGGAAUAGAAGGUUGACACUACCAGAAAAUUCUGAAGAACUAUAUGAAAUUAAUGAUAAAGAAAGAGACCUUGCAGAAGAAAAAGUCUCACAUACCGCUCAGUUCAGGUCGCUGGACAAAGCUGCCAUCCUUCUAGACGGCAUGAAUCCAAAUCCAUGGAGAGUAUGCACUGUGACACAAGUUGAAGAAGUGAAGAUACUAACAAGAAUGUUGCCCAUCUUAGCAAGUACAAUCAUAAUGAAUACAUGCAUGUCCCAGUUGCAGACAUUCUCAGUAAUCCAAGGCCUCUACAUGUAUCCAUAUUUAGGUUCUUUUAAGUUUCCUACAGCCUCAAUACCCGUAAUUCCCCUAAUUUUUAUGUCUCUCCUCAUUCCUGUAUAUGAGUUUCUCGUGGUUCCAUUUGCCCGAAAGAUCACUGGCCAUCCAGCCGGUAUCACUCAACUUCAACGUGUUGGUGUUGGGCUUGUUCUAUCAAUCAUUUCAAUGAGUGUAGCUGGGAUUAUUGAGGUGAAGAGAAGGGAUCAUGUUGGGCCAUUUCAAAUAGAAUGA